AUGAAUGAUGUUCGUGACAAAGUUGUUGCCGGUUCCUCAACGUGGGAGACUAACAUUAUUCAGAGUGAUUCUUCACCAGAAAUUCAAUCAUCACCAAGUGCAAGCGGGGAGACACCACAGACGCCAGGCGCGCCAGUCCCACUCGCGCCGCAUCUCGCUGCAGACCUACAUCCAGAUCUAAUUCAACAAGGCUGGAGGAAGUAUUGGUCUAAGCGGGAAAAUAGGCCUUACUUCUGGAAUAAAUUAUCUGGUGAAUCAAUGUGGGAAUUACCUGCAGUAAAAAGGGAUUUUGAUCCAAUAACGGACCCCUUAGGUAUAUGCCACACUGGGCCUUCAAAUGCGGGCAAUAUGACUCCUGGCACAACUAAAAGACGGCCGUCAGAAGAUAAUGGACCUCCUCCAAAGAAAUUUGUAUUGUCAGGUCCAUGGGACAUAGAAGUACCAACAAAUGUGGUCAUUUAUGAGCGUCCACCAACAAUUUGUCCCCAUCCACAUCCAGAAAUUGAAGGAUUCAGGUUUACUUUGGCCAAUAAAUUAAGGCAAUGUUAUCAGGAACUGUGUCACACCAGAGAAAGUAUAGAUGCACCAAAAGACUCAUUUAAUAGGUGGCUCAUGGAAAGAAAAGUAAAUGAUCAAGGUGGUUCAGAUCCAUUGCUUCCGAGCCAUUGUUUUCCAGAAAUUUCACACUCAAUGUAUGAGGAAAUAAUGAAUGACAUUCCUAUUAAGUUAACACAUCCAAAGUUCACUGGUGAUGCCAGGAAACAAUUAUCAAGAUAUGCAGAGGCAGCAAAAAAAAUGAUUGAAUCUAGGAAUGCUUCACCAGAAAGUCGUAAAGUGGUGAAAUGGAAUGCUGAGGACACAUUCCAAUGGUUGAGGCGUACUGUUGGAGCGACCUAUGAUGAUUUCCAAGACAGACUUGCACAUCUAAGGAGACAAUGUCAGCCACACUUAGCUGAGACAGUGAAGGCAUCAGUGGAAGGAAUCUGUCUUAAAAUAUACCAUUUGUCUGCUGAGUAUGCUCGCAAGAUAAGAGAAAAACAUAGUGUAUUGCUAAAAGAAAAUGGAAUACAGGAACUAGCCGCUCCCCUGCAACAGGCGGCGUUACGUAAAGUUUGGUGCUAUCCGGUACAGUUUGCAGUGCCGGCACCUCGCCCGCCGCUAGUCGAGCACUUCCUCGACCGCGAUCAGACGCUCCUGCGUUAUCUCGGUGAAACGCAGGUUAUCAAUGCCGUGUAUUUACAAAAAUUAGAGUGUCUCUAUCGAUACAGCUGCUUUGACGACAAAAAGUUCGAACAGUUUCUGUCCCGUGUGUGGUGUGUUAUGCGACGUUACGCGGCGUGGGUGGGCUCGGGGCCGGACGCGCACCUGACGCAGAUGUCGCUGCCUGUGCCCGUGCUCGAGUGCUUACAUCGCUGCUUCGGGGUCACGUUGGAGUGCUUCGCCAGCCCACUGGAUUGCUAUUUUAGACAAUAUUGCUCCGCUUUCGCGGACACAGACUCUUACUUCGGCUCCAGAGGCCCGUUUUUGGAGCUACGACCUGUUUCCGGGUCGAUGGUAGCACAUCCGCCUUAUUGCGAGGAGUUAUUGGAAGCAGCACUGCGUCACAUGGAACGAUUGUUGCAAGACUCUGCCGAGCCUCUGAGUUUCGUGGUGAUACUACCCGAGUGGCCCGACAGACAAACACACGCAUUGCACAAACUUCAGGCCAGUCACUUCAAAAGAAAACAGGUGGUUAUUCCAGCUUUUGAACACGAGUAUCGUCAUGGAUUCCAGCAUGUUUUACCCAAGGGCGAGGUGUACUUCCGGUGGGGCGGCGGCACGGUGGUGGUGUGGCUGCAGAACGCGGCCGGCUUCGCGCGCUGGGGGCCCACCGAGGAGCGCGUGGAGGCGCUGCUGGACGCGUGGCGCCCGCGCAACAAGCGCGACGCGCCGCCCGCCGCCUCUGCCGCGCCGCCCGCGACCCCCGCGGCCCCCGCGCCCUCCGCGCCGCCCGCGCUCGAGCCCGACGCCGCGCCCGCCCGCGCCUAA